GCAUGUUCAUGCUUCUGUUAACCAAGAAAAACUAAGCUCUACUUGCUUGAGAAAAAAUUGUAUUGAAAGCUGCUGAUGCCUUUAUUGUAUAUUGUUUUUCGACCAUUUGGCAUAUAAACAUGACGCAAGAAGAAAAGAAAACAACCGAACAAAAACUUGGGUACCGCAGACAUCUGGACGCCAUCCGUGGGCUAGCAUGUAUGGCCGUUAUUCUGUUCCACUGUAAUGUGCCAUAUAUGGACAAUGGGUGGCUAGGAGUGGAUGUGUUCUUCGUGCUCUCUGGGUUUCUAAUCACUUCAAUACUGCUGCGGGAGAUAAUUGAGACAGGUCACUUGGAUUUGCCAAGAUUCUACUGCCGACGUUUCAUUCGACUGUUUCCAGCGUCCGCCACCGUUCUUAACGUCACAGCUCUGCUUUUUCGCUUCACCGAGCUUCCCAAAUACGUCAAAAUGCACAAGCGGUCUUUCAUAGCUUCCGCUUUGUACUUCCAAAACUGGCACGGACUGAACAUUGCACUGGACUAUUUUACAGACGAGGGUUCAGAUCAGAGCCCUGUUAUCCAUUUCUGGUCCCUCUCAAUCGAGGAGCAAUUCUACGCUGUUUUUCCUAUUCUUCUGAUCGUUAUUACAUUCAUUUGCAAAAAACGCAUUUCAUUGUUGUUUCUAUUGUUCGUCACUUGUUCGAUUUUUUGUAUUUUUCUGAACGUCAAGUUGUUCUUUAGUUCUCACAUGGUGGCUUAUUUUUCGACCUGGGGAAGACUCUAUCAAUUCAUUUUGGGCUCUGUAAUUUCAGCAACAAUUCUGAUGAUUCCAAAAACAGGUUUUCUUGCCGAAAAACUACAAAACAAACAUUAUCAGACCUUUGCUGAUUUUUUAUCCUUGGGAACUUUAUUUUGCCUAUGCUGUAUGGUUACUUUGGUGAAGGGCUCGCCCAUGUUUCUUGGAAUUGGAACAUCUCUACUGACAUUCGCAAUGAUACUGUUUCUAGAACUAUCUUCUGAAAAUAACUUCAUUAAGUCUUAUGUGUACCACAAUCCUUUUCUUUGUUUCGUGGGUAAACUGUCCUAUCCCAUGUACCUUGUACAUUUACCUCUUACCAAAAUUGGAGAUAUAAACUCUCUAUUACCAGAGGAUGAGUUUUUCAGGCCAAUCACUAUUUUAGUUUCAACAAUCACGCCCAAUCACUAUUUUAGUUUCAACAAUCACGCUGUCUUUCUUGAUAAAAAAAUCAAUCGAAGAACCUGUUCAAAGAAGACGACCAAAUCGAAACCACAACCGUUGAGAAAAGCAGGUCCGAAGACUAGAAUGAAGACGGAGUUGGCUACUUAUGACAACAACACAACGACGAGAGUGUCUAACCCUUCAACCAAGCCAACCAAAAGCAGACCAACACGCAACAAAGAACAGACAUCAAACGAAGGUUACUCAGCAUGUGACGAAUCUAUGAUAAUUGAAUUGGACACAUCAGAUGAUGUUUCUUUGGGUAAAGCGCCGUACGAUUCCAUUCCUCAGGUGUUGACCAGGUGUUCUGAAAGGUCUGCGUCAUCCAAAGAUUCUGAUUCAUGGGUUGAGGAGGCGCUGAAGACAUUUCUUACUAACAAGUCUGCAGUUGGACCUCCAGUAAUCGGCCGCUGA